AUGCUGGCCACUGACUCGAUAUCUCACAUCCCGGUAUGGGGAUGGGUUGCUAUCACCGCGGCCCUCCUCUGUGCCUGGGCAGCCAGUUUCCGCUACCAAAAGGGCCUCAACAAAUACAAGGGACCAUUCAUCGCUUCCUUUACCAACUUCUGGCGGCUGUGGCAGUGGGUGUGGUACACCGACAGAUGUGCCUACCCCAGUGUGGUCAAGUAUGGAAAAAUCAUCCGGGUUGGGCCCAACACGUUGUUAUUCAAUGAUCCCGAUGCCAUCAAGGACAUCUACAUGACCCAUUUCUCCAAGGUAAGAGACGCGAUCCUUGAUCAGGACACCCUCCCAUCCUCAGCGCCAUUCGGUGUCAAGAGUCUGUCUAACGCAGCAAUUCUCCAGUCCGACUUCUACAAGGUUGGUCAGGGUGUCUCGCGGGGAGUGGCCGUACCCAACAUCUUCUCCACCACAGAUCGCAUCUACCAUGGCAAGCUGCGGCGAUCGGUGGCCAACGCCUUCGCUUUGAGCACACUGGUCAACUAUGAGCCGUAUGUGACGGACACGGUUACCACAUUCCUGGCUCAGCUGGACCAGAGAUUCGCGGGUCGACCUGGACCGGACGGCAUUUGCGACAUGUCUGAAUGGACAAAAUUCUUCGCCCUGGAUGUGGUCAGCGCGUUGACAAUGGGCAAAGGCUAUGGGCUAUUGGAGGCCGGGUAUGAUCACAUCGGCAUCAUCGAGGCCCGAACGACCUUCUUGCGCUACUUCACCAUUGUCAACAAUGUCACUUGGCUCGACCGCGUGCUCAAGAAGAACCCGGUUCUCCUGUGGCUCGGCCGAAUGGGCCUCUGGAACAGCGUGACGGCGACGGUGCCCAUCGCACAGCGACAGCUCGACCAGAAGAAGCGCGACUUCAAGGGCGUCAACGAGAACGAGAAGACGCGGGUGGACUUGCUCACCAAGUUCCUCCAGGCCAAGGUCGACAACCCGGACAUUGUCGACGACCGCGCCGUCUUGGGACUGACCCUCUCCAUGGUCAACGCCGGGAGCGGCACAGUCGCCACCACGCUGGCUGCGACAUUUUACUUCCUGCUCAAGUACCCACACGUGAUGAAGGAGCUCGUGGCCGAGAUCGACUCACACUUCCCGCCGCCGAGCGCCACUAGCAACAGCGGCAAGGGCACGGGCCCGAUCAACUUUGCCGAGUACGUGGUGCCGUUCGCCGAGUCACAGAAACUGCCCUUCCUGGACGCCGUGCUCAAGGAGAUCUUCCGCCUCUGGCCCGGGUUGGGCAUGCAGCUGAUCGAGCGGGUCACGCCGCCCGAGGGCGCGCACAUCCUGGGCGAGUACAUCCCCGGCAACAUCAUCGUCAGCUGCAACGCGUGGAUCAUGCAUCGCCACAAGCCCACCUACGGCGAGGACGUCGAGGUCUUCCGCCCCCAGCGCUGGCUGGACGCGACCCCGGAGCAGCAGGCCGCCAUGAACAAGGCGCUGCUCGUCUGGGGUGCCGGACCCAAUACGUGCAUCGGCAAGAACAUUGCGUUUUUGGAGCUGUACAAGGUGGUUCCUUCGGUUCUGAGGGUGUUCACACUCGAACUCGCCGACCCCGAGAAGGAAUGGAAGAUCUUCAACCUGGGCGAUCCCGAGCCAUCAGAGUUCUUUGUCCGGUGCCAGCCGAGAUAUCGGAAGAUGUUGAUGUAA